AUGACCACCGAAGCCACUGUUCGCAAGUUCUUUGCGUCCUCCGCCUUCGCGGUGGUGGGUGCUAGCUCAAACCCCGCCAAGUUCAGCCACCGAGUCUUUGCCUGGUAUCUCUAUCAUGACUUGCCAGUCACUCCCAUCAAUCCGGACGUCCAUCUCAGUCAUCACUCCCCCUCGGCAACCCUCAAGGUGCUCCAGGAGGCAAAGGAGCUGGGGAUCCCGUCCGCGUGGCUGCAGCCUGGUAGCUUUGACGAUGACGUCCUCAAGUUUGCCAAUGAGCAAGGCGGAUUCGAUGCAGUCGUGGCUGGCGAUGGCGGCCGGGGUCACGAAGGGUGUUGCAUUUUAGUGGAUGGUGAGCGAGGACUGAAAGCAGCUGGGAAGCUGUAA